GCUCAGUUUACGCCGUGCGGUCGGCGCGAAAGGUACGAUUUGUAUGUGGCCGUCGCGCCAACGGGAAAGAACGCCUCGUGACCGUGCGUGUUGGAUCGCGUACGAGCCAGGUGACUUUCGUCUCGCAUGAUCUCCACGAAGCGAACGUGAAGCGACGGAAGGAGGCUGCGGCCCCGGAUCCACCGCGAUGUCGCGGGAUUAAUGUUCUUCGACGGAGUCAACGCAUCUCUUUCUUCUCGUCUCUCUCUCUCUCUCCUUUCUCUCUCUUUCUUUCUCUCCCCCCGUCUCUUUCUUUCUUCGAGUCUUCUCUCCGUCCGUUGGCGUCCCGUUUUCACGUCGGCGUUUGAACAUCAGCCAGGCACGCGCUUUUUACGCACCAACGUACUCGUCACACUACACUUCGAGAUUUGUGGAAGACCGGCUGAGUCCCGUUAGCUACGUCGUACCAGACGAGUUCUGUCGAUGUCUAGGUCUCGAGGAACUGUCGUUAUUUCGUCCGAAGGACAGCGGCUCCGAUGACGCGGCGUGUCUUCGUGACUCCGUUGCUGACCCACUUGUCAAUGGGUAACAGUAACGGACGAGGUCCGGCAACGAUACCAAAGAAUAAGAAAUAGCAUGCCAAGUCAAGGCAGGAUAUCGUCGAGUUGCCUCCUCCUGUUGUACCUGAGCACUUCGAUAUGGGUUGUUGUCGGAAAUCCCAUUCGGUACAGGACGAGACGGGAAGCGGAGAUAGCGUUGACCAACUGGACCGCGUUGGCCGACGAGUGGAUCGCGGCGAAGGCGCGGGCGGCUGAAAAGAUGGACGUGGCAUUGUUGCCGUUCAACGAGAGGUACAGGGAACUUCCGCCGACCGCGUCCACGGAGACCUACGUGGUUAACGGCACAAAUCCGGAUCAUAUGGCGCGGUUGAAUUACUCGCGGAUGCUGUGGGACAUGGAGACGGUGCAGCCGAGCGGGCAUCUGUCCGGCUUCGUAGACAAGGCUCUUAAGUUGUUGGACCUGAGGCAAGUAAUGAUGGAGGUCGAGACCUCCGUAAUGUCCAAGGUCUCGUGCACCGCGUGCAAGGUCGGCGCCGGCCUGCUGCAGCAUUACAUCAAGGUUGGCAAGAGUGACGAGGAGAUCAUGGCCAGCAUCUAUCAAUUCUGCGUGUCGCUUAACAUACAAAGCGCUCGGGUGUGCCACGGAGUCACUCUGCUCUUCGGGGUGGAGGUGAUCUACGUGCUGAAGCAGGUGAGCAUGGGCCCGGCUCAGAUCUGCAGCUUCGUGAUCGGCGACGCGUGCGACGACGCGUUCAACCCGCUCCACGAGUGGGAGGUGGCCUUCCCGCCGGUGAAGAAACCGCCGAUCAAGCCGCCGAUACCGCCCCAGGAGGGCGCGCCGACCUUCAAGGUGCUGCACAUCUCCGACACACACUACGACCCGUACUACCAGGAGGGCGCGAACGCGGAAUGCAACGAGCCGCUCUGCUGCCGCUUGACGAACGGCGCUCCGCUGACCGCCUCGGCGGCCGCGGGCCGAUGGGGCGAUUACAGAAAAUGCGACACGCCGAAGAGGACGAUCGACCACAUGCUGAAGCAUAUCGCCGACACGCAUUCGGAUAUCGAUUACAUCCUGUGGACCGGGGACUUGCCGCCGCACGACGUGUGGAAUCAGACGCGGGAGGAGAACCUGAAAGUCUUGCGUGACACGGUCGUGCAGAUGGUGGAGAUGUUUCCAGGCAUUCCGAUAUUUCCGGCCUUGGGAAAUCACGAGAGCGCGCCGGUCAACAGUUUCCCACCGCCCUUCGUGCCCGAAGAGAACAGCAUCUCGUGGCUGUACGACGAGCUCGACAAACACUGGAGACGCUGGCUGCCGGCCGGCGUCUCGCACACCGUUCGCCGCGGCGCGUUCUAUUCCGUCCUGGUGCGACCGGGCUUCAGGAUCCUCUCGGUCAACAUGAAUUACUGCAACAACAAGAACUGGUGGCUGCUGAUCAACAGCACCGACCCGGUCAGCGAGCUGCAGUGGCUCGUGUACGAGCUGCAGGGCGCCGAGAUCAACGGCGAGAAGGUGCACAUAAUCGGUCACAUCCCGCCCGGGCACUCAGACUGCCUCAAGGUCUGGUCGAGGAAUUACUACCAUAUCAUCAACCGCUACGAAUCGACCAUCGUGGCCCAGUUCUUCGGGCACACGCACUACGACGAGUUCCAGUUAUUCUACGACACGUCGGACCUGGGCAGAGCGCUCAGCAUCGCCUACGUCGGGCCCUCGGUCUCGCCUUACUACGAUCUCAACCCUGGCUACAGGAUAUACUACGUGGACGGCGAUCACCCGAAGACCACGAGGUUGGUCGUCGACCAUGAAACCUGGGUGAUGAAUCUCAAGGAAGCGAAUCUGUACGACUACCCGAUCUGGCACAAGAUGUACAGCGCGCGGCAGGCCUAUCAGAUGGCGUCGCUCUUGCCGAGGGACUGGGACUCCCUGAUCGAUAAGAUGACCAACGAGCCGGCCCUCUUCGAUCUCUAUUACAAGCAUUAUUACAAGAACUCGCCGGUGCGACCGGCGUGUAACGACGAGUGUCGCAAGAGGCUGCUGUGCGACCUGCGCAGCGGAAGAAGCCACGACCGGAAGGCUCUGUGUCAGAGCUUGGAAUCGCGGAUCGACGUCGAGACAAGGACGGGCUGGCGCGCGUGGAUCUACAAGGGGCUCGCAUUAUCGAUGUCCGUGGUGAUGGCCAUCCCCAGGUUCGCAUACAAUCUACCAAAGUACGUCCUAGGACUGGGCUAGAAUGCGGAAACGGCUCUGCCCCGCCGAGUGCAAAUGUGUGACUCAACUUGUGAUGUUAAAUUAUUGAAAAAAUGCGAGCGUCUCAGCGUUUCCCGAAACGCGCGAGCCUCGAUGCCGUUGACGACCGGCGAAACGUUACGUUCGUCGAAACUGAUUAUCGCGUGCUCGCGAUCCGUAGAGUCUAACUCGUUAAAUCCCCUCCCCCUUUUCUCCCCCCAUAAGAAAAAAAUAAGAUGUGAAAGAAAAAGGACCCUGUGCGAAACGGAUCAAUUAGGAUAGACAUCAAUGCCCGUUUCUACUAUCAUAGUUUAUCCAAUCUAAUUGACGGUUAAGUCAACGGAAUUAAUCGAUCGCAUUAGCCAAUUAACUGGUCAGUGCGAUUGGUGCAAUUACGUUGAAUUAAUUGUCGAUUAGAUUUCCUGAUGGUAGAAACAGGCAUGAUGGGAGAGAUCAGGUUCGCCCCGCAUCAUUCAUCUGCCUUUUACCGGUUGGCCCGAUCAGUAAGUGUAGUGACUUAUCAUUUUCGAUAAAUCAUGUAUAAUUCUCAGGUGCAUAUAUAAGGAUCUGAGGAAAUGUCAGGUAAAGACGAGGACUUCGCGAUAUCUUCGUUGAGUCGUGCUCAACAUCAGGGAUGACUUGGAACCGCGCCUUUUCCUCGUAGCGGGGAAGCACGCUCGCGAGGCGCCGGGUGCUUUAGUAUUCUCUCCGACGCGACGCGCGCGUUGUGUAAAAUAUGUAAAUACAAGCGAUUAUUCUAAUCGCGCGGGUCGAUGUGGAAAGCAAUCAUUUUGUUGUUUCUCUCUUGUUAGUGUUGACGAGCGACCGAUUAGUUGUUGAUCAACAGCACGUACUUGAGCGCCAUGCCAUUCCGCUUAACAUACGCGCGUCCGGUAUUUGCGUCCCGCAUUUUUAUUAUGUUAUAAUAUAUUAUUCAAUGGUCGACUCAUUGUUCGAUGGACGAUUCAAUGUACGAUUGAAGGAUUCGGUAUAAAAAGCCGGUUAACUCCAUUUGAGAAAUAAAAUAUGUUUUUAUUCAAAUAAUUGUUACAGUUCGAAAGUCACGAACGCGUUCCCUGUGUUCCUAAAUACUUCGACUAAUUUGCGACCUAGUCCGGAAUGCAGAUUGACGAUCGCUGAUGACUACUCCUUAGUAUAAUAGUGCGCAGUUUGUUAUCAGAGUAGACUAACAAAAAAACGCCGAAUGAAAUGGUUAAAAUUCAACAAAUGCGAAUCGUUACAAAAAAUGGUCACAAAUCAUGACGGUGAUACUGACCAGAACGCAAACAAAGAAUAUUUAUAAGAAUGACUCACCAUUCGGAUUACGUUUUAAGAAGAUCGAAAGGUAUACAAGUAAUAAAUACAAUCAUAGAGAAUAAAGAUCAUAUAACGUCGAAUUUUCUGUACAUAUAUCGAGAGAAAAACAACCUUAUUUAUUCACAAGCGGUUGUGUUCGAACCGACAUUGUUAUUCUGUAUUAAACAUAUUUUGAUAUA